AUUUUUCAAAAUUAAAUGAAUUCUAUUUUCAUUUAAACAAAACACACUCAAAAAAUUUUUAAAAUAAGAAUUCAUUUACAUACCAAAUAUGAUUUGAUGGUGAAUUAUGGAUUUUUUGGAAAUUCUGCAUGGUUUUGUCUCUGAUAUAGUCAUGAUUACUAACGCUCGCUGGUGGGAGUUUGUAAACGCUAGCACAUGUCGACAUGUAUUUCUGUAAAAUCGGUUCACCCUGUCAAUGCGGUUAAACAUUGGUCAUUACUGAUGCCUGCCAGUGAGAGUUGUUAAACACUGGUAUCAUUACUGACGCCUACCAGUGAGAGUUGUUACACAUUGGUACUAUUACUGACGCCUGUCAGUGGGAGUUUGUUAAAUACUGGUACUUCUGUAACCCUGUCAAUGGGGUUAAACAUUGGUUAUUACUAACGCUUGUCAGUGGGAGUUGUUAAACACUGGUACCAUUACUUACGCCUGCCAGUGGGAGUUUGUUAAACACUGGCCAUGACUUAUAGAUGAGACUACUGAUGAGUUUUAUUAUGCAUGAAUGGUUUAUCAUUGAAAGUUCUGUUAUGCUUACAUGAUUUAUCUGGCAUGCUUAAAUUUUUAUCAAGAGCUGUCCAUAUUUUUACUUAUUGAGAUAUUUUAUUUCACCUCGUUUUCCUUAUCUACCAUUUCAGGUAGUGAUACCCGACACAUAGGGAGCCGGGGGAGUGACGAGCUAGACGGCUAGGCAUUAUAUUGGAUUUAGAUCUCUUAGAGUUAGGCCGCUAGUCUCACAUGAUUGACUCAAAUAACCAUUUUUGUGUACAGAGUUUCCUUGGUUAUAGCCAUGACCGUUUAUAAACUUUUGUAUAUCUGGAAUAGUAAAUUUUUGAAAAUGAAAAGUUAGAUUUUAC